GGUCAGUAAAUGAUUCUAUAUAUUUGUAAACGCUUUGAAGUGGGAAAGGGGUAGGAUUAAAUAAGCUUACUCCUUUUCGGGCAUGAUGUAAAAUGAAAUUAUAUGAAAUUGUGUGAUGUAUUAUGAUGUAAGUGUGUUCAUGUUCCAAAUAAACUAAAGAAAGAAAGAAAAGAAAGAUAUACGUCCGAAAUAUUUCCCAUGAUGCAUUGCCGCGUCGAUUCGCGCAUGCGCGCUUUUGACGACUAACCCACUAGCUAUUUAUUUACAGCAGACAAAAAAUGAAUGAAAUGUUGUUUUUAAAUAAUGUGACUUAUCCAUUUGAUUAAACUAAACAUUUUUUAUUUUAUGCUCAACGGUGAAGAGACGUCGCAGCGGAAAUAUGAUAUAUAACCGAGCAGGGAUAUACGUUCGAAAUAUUUCCCAUGAUGCAUUGCCGCGUCAAUUCGCGCAUGCGCGCUUUUGACGACUAACCCACUCGCUAUUUCUUUACAGCAGACAAAAAAUGAAUGAAAUGUUGUUUUUAAAAUAAUGUGAUUCAUCCAUUUGAUUAAACUAAACAUUUUAUGUUAUGGUCAACAGCGAAGGAAAAGGAGGAAGGAAAAUUGCGUGUUUUUUUUGGGGCGGACCGACAAAGCUAACUAACAGGCUAGUAAGCUAACGGGCUAGCAUCUUGACAAAAUGUAUGUUUUAUACACAAUAGUCGCGUCGUUGGUCGCCUUUUUUGUUUUGAAGUGGAUGAAAAAGAGGAGGUACUGCACCGACCUGAAGCGACUGGAUGGAAAGACGGUUCUAAUCACUGGAGGAUGUUCUGGGGUGGGCAAGGAGACGGCCGUGGCUUUAGCCAUGAGGGGCGCCCGCGUGGUCAUCGCCUGCCGAGACCCCGACAAGGCGGAGAAGGCGGUGCGGGAGAUCAAAUUCAGGAGCCGCAGUCUGCUGGUGGUCCACAUGGAGCUGGACCUGGCCAACCUGCGCUCGGUGCGGGACUUCUGCGAGACCUUCCUCCGGCAGGAGAAGCGGCUGGACGUCCUGGUCAACAACGCCGCCAUGCCCGGCGUCCUGGACUGGACGGAAGACGGCUUCAGCAUGUGCUUCGGCGUCAACCACCUGGGCCACUUCCUGCUCACCGACCUGCUGCUGGGCCGCCUGAAGGAGUGCGCCCCCAGCCGCGUGGUGACGCUCACCUGCUCCAGCUACAAGUACCAGAAGCUGGACUUCCAGGACCUCAACUACAACCUGCUGCCCUUCUUCACCUACUGCCGCAGCAAGCUGGCCAACGUCUACUUCAGCCACCAGCUGGGACGCCUCACGCAGGGGAAGGGCGUCACGUCCUACGCCGUGCACCCGGGCUUCGUCCAGAGCGGAUGGACGUGUCACUACUCCGUCCUCUUCCGCGUGCUGAUGCGCGUCGUCAUGUGGAUGUUCUUCGUGCCCUGCGAGGCGGGAGCGCAGACCGUGGUCCACUGCGCCGUGUCGGACCACGCCGCCAAGAUGGGCGGCGGCUACUUUGUGGACUGCAGAGCCGCCGCCUUGCGUCCUUUCGCCAGGGACGCCGGCGUGGCCAAAAAGCUGUGGGAGGCCAGCGAGAGACUGGUCAAACUGUCCUGACGCCACUUCCUGUUUACA